CUGUAACGUUGUAGAGCCUCGCAUCUUGACCUUAAAGUUCGAACAACCAAGUUGCGGCUCUCAUCAUGUCCUGUUUCAAGAAGGCAGCGUCCCGAGCUGGGACGCAGAUCAUGCAAAAGACCGGUCAGAUCGAACGGACUGUCGACCGGGAGUUUGCAGAAGAGGAAGGUAGAUACAGGACGAUGGAGAGGGAGACUACCGAGCUGCAGAAGGAGGCCAAGGCUUAUCUCGAUGCUAUGCGAUCAAUGUCUGCAUCGCAAAGCCGGAUCGCCGAAACCCUCGAAAUGUUCUACACCGCCGACAGGACGUCCGACGGCGCCAUGGCUGGACACGCCUACAAGUCCGCUGUAGACGAGUUGGACAACAGCGUCGGACGGGACCUCGACGCUCCUUUCAGGGCAACCGUCCUCGAGCCCGUUGGCAAACUGUGCAGUUACUACCCUGCUAUCAACGAUGCCAUCGCCAAGAGGAACAAGAAGAUGCUGGAUUAUGACGCGUCAAGGUCUAAAGUCAGGAAGCUCGUAGACAAGCCGGCUGAAGAUACUGCCAAGCUGCCCAGGGCCCAACAAGAGCACGACGAAGCCAAGGAGAUCUUUGAAGUCUUGAACGGUCAGCUUAUCGAAGAGCUGCCUCAGCUGGUAGAACUGCGAAUACCCUACCUUGACCCAUCUUUCGAAGCCAUGGUGCGGUGUCAGCUGAAGUUCGCAGAGGAAGGAUACUCGAAGCUCGCAGGCGUCCAACGUUACUUUGCCGAAAACAUCCGAGACGAGUACGCGAACGGUCAACUCGACGCCCAGGUAGAAUCCACCCUAGGAGAAAUGAAGCAGUUGGCGAUCUAUGGAAUUUAAUCGUUCCAAAACCAUCGUGUACGCAAAUCACACAGACUAUCCGAGAGCGUGAAUUGUUGUGUCCCGUAUCCAGUUGUAAUGCUCAAAUCGAUAACA